AUGACUGCAACGGCAAAGCUUCAUCCUCUAGUACAGUGGGCGCAAAGAGAAAAAGUGUUAUUUUUGACUAUUGAAGUUGAUAAAGUCGCAGAAUUGAAUGUUACGGACAAGCAGCUACAUGUUAAAGGAAACUACUCUCUUAGUUCCGCAGAGUACGAGGCAGUUAUUGAGUUUUAUGCUGAUGUUAAGCCAGGAUAUAGAAGAAUACCAGGCGAUAGGCAUCUCGAACUUGUAUUAGAUAAAGCAGCUGGAGGAUGGUGGCCGCGUUUACUUAAAGAAGCAUCAAAAGUCCCGUGGGUAAAAGUAGACUUUAACAAAUGGAAAGAUGAGGAUGAUGACGAAGAUGAUGACACGGGUGUUCCUGGUGAUUUCGAUUUCAAUAAUUACAUGGCAAAUAUGCAUGGGGAUGCUGCUGAACCACCAAACCUGAACGAUUUUGAUGAAGAAGACGAGGAUGAUGAGGAUAUGCCUGAACUUGAAGACGCAGAUAAUAAGGAUGGGAAGCUUGAAGAUAAAAAGGAGAAGAAGGAAGAAAAGAAUGAGGAGAAAUUGGAAGAGAAGGAGAAAAAGGAGGAUAGCACUACAGUGGAGCAGAGUUCUUCAUGA